UUUGACAACACUGUGGCGCUGGUGGUAUUGCGGGUUUGUUUAGAACACUCGAAAUCCUGUGUAACUCCGUGGUUGAGGCUUGCCGGUUUUCUGCGUUUUCUUAAAAAUUUGCACCCUUGUUAAGCUGCGGCUUGGCCUCUAUACUUUCGCCGGUUCCUGACUUUACUGUUCACAUCAUGACUGAAGGAGAAACGGCGACUGCUGCAAAUGGCACAGGAAAUGGAAGUGGGGAAGGAGGCACAACCAACUUGAAUAAUUCCGCAGCCUCUGAACAUGAUCCUCAUUUUGAACCAAUCGUGACAUUGCCAGAAGUAGUUGUACCAACACUGGAGGAAGAUGAGGAGGAAAUGAUUAAACUACGAGCGAAACUCUUCCGGUUUGACUCUUCGGAAUCUCCAUCAGAAUGGAAAGACCGAGGUAUUGGAGAUGUGAAGCUCCUCAAACACCGUACAAAAAACACAGUUCGAGUUGUCAUGAGGCGGGAUAAGACCCUGAAGAUUUGUGCCAAUCAUUAUGUAACUCCAUGGAUGGAACUCACCCCUAAUUGUGGAAGUGACAGGGCCUGGGUAUGGAGUUGUAAGGCAGACUAUGCUGAUGAGACUCCUCGACCUGAGCUUUUGGCUAUCCGAUUCGCUAAUGCAGAGUUUGCACAGAGGUGGAAAGAAAAAUUUGAAGAAGCCAAGGCUUUUGUUAAAGAACAUGUUUAUAGAGGUCAAUCUGAUGAGGAGGAGGAAGAAGAGGACGAUGACGAUGCUGAUAAAAGUGAUGAUGAUGAAGAUGCCAAAUCCUCUUCUGCAGACAAGCAGGAGGUUGAGGCUGAGAAAAAAGACACAUCAGAGGUGACAGAGCAAUUGGAAAAGCUGAAUGUUUCUGAAAAAGAAAGUGGUGAGCCAUCAGCCCCCCAUGAGACUAAGGAAUAGGAUUUGCUGGAUUUUGUUGAUUGUUGUGGGUUAAACUAGAUUCAUUUAAUUCACAUUUAAAAGGGGUGUCUCUUUUCAAUGAAAUGAAAACAUGAGUUUUCAACAAUACUUUCACUUUGGUUGACUUUGUCCUGUUUAUGUGCCAGAUUUAUAUUGAUAAUUUCUUUUUUCCACAAGCUGAGCACUGUGAUGAUGUUAUAUCUGGUGAUAGAAAUGGCGCAUCUAGUACUGAUUAGACUAGCUUAAGUGUACCAUUCCUGUGAGCAUUUAGACAUUCUAUGGUGUUAAGUCAAAAUUAUAUAAGUUGUCUAUUUUUGUAAUUAUAAAAUUUUAAGUACACAA